AUGCUAGUCAGCUCCGAGCGAAGGUCUCCACCCUCAACGAAGAGCUCUCGAAGCUCGGGCUCGUCCAACAUGGCUUCAUGUACAAGAGCUGAGGUCUUGGCUCGCAAACGCGCCGCCACCUAUCAGCGCCUCACUAUGCAGCUGACGCUGGAGGCGCUCCUGUCUGGUGCGAGGCGCAUGACGCCCUUGCGGGCGCAGUCGCCCGAGGAGGAGUCUUCGCCGGAGGUCUCCGCCAGUGGUCAGUCGGCUGCCUCCGGGCUGCUAGAUGGUUUCUGCUGCUUGUCUGCGCGGCUUCGCGCUUGGGCUGGCGAUGCCGCGUCUGGCUUCUCGCUGUGCGCUGUGUCCCAGGAGGUUUAG